UUAGCUUGAGGGAGAUUUUUACAGAGGAAGUGCAGGAAGAGGGAGGAAAAAAGAGAGGGAGCCUGAUUUGCUGCAAAUGCCAAAGAGAACUAGGCGGCAUCUCCGAUGGGGAGCUCGUUUAAAAGGAAAGCUAGCCACUCGCUGUCUGCCUCGCCUCCAUUCCCUUCCCUAGUCGGUUCUUUCUUGCUCGAGCGAAGCGGGCUAGGGCGCCCCUGCGAGAAGCCGUUUCUACCACCUCCCGUCUGCAGGCAUCAGCCUCUCCCACCGCCUUCACUGUACGUGGCCGAGGGAGGAAUCCAUGGCUACUCCGCCUCGCCAGGUUCUGCAGUACAGCGUGAAACUGCUUUUCCUCAGCGAGGAGCAGCUCCGGGAAGGGCUGCACCUCUCCCACCCCAACCAGAAAGCCCUCCGGCUGGACGUGCACGCGCGAGAGGAAGGCGCGGAGAUGGCCGUGACAGACGUUGAUGGGGUAUGUGUAUUUAAAUGCUUGGUUAAUAAAGAUACUGAAUAUUGCCGUGUAGGAAAAGAGUCCAUUUUGAUAACACUUGGUUACAACAACGCCUUACUACAAUUCACAUCGCAUUCUGAAUAUAACAUGUUUUCAAAUGCACUGAACAGCUGUAGGAAUAUAAAUAAGGAACACUCUGUGUUCAGUCAGAGAACAGAAGACUCCUCUGCAGCUCAAUAUUUUCAGUUUUAUGGAUGCUUAUCUCAACAACAGAAUAUGAUGCAGGAUUUUGUAAGGACAGCUACAUAUCACAGAGCAAUACUUCAGAAUCAUACAGAUUUUAAAGAUAAGGUGGUCCUAGAUGUUGGGUGCGGAUCAGGUAUUCUUUCAUUUUUUGCUGUGCAAGCUGGAGCUAGAAAAGUUUAUGCUGUUGAAGCUAGCUCGGUGGCAAAAUAUGCCAAGAUUUUAGUCCAGAGUAACAAUCUUGCUGAUAAGAUCAGUGUUCUCUCAGGAAAAAUUGAGGAAAUCGCCCUACCUGAAAGUGUAGAUGUUAUAGUUUCUGAACCAAUGGGUUACAUGCUGUUCAAUGAAAGGAUGCUGGAAAGUUACCUUCACUCCAAGAAAUGGCUGAAGUCAAAUGGAAUGAUGUUUCCAACAUUUAGUGACAUUCAUUUGGCUCCUUUUUCCGAUGAACAGCUCUACAUGGAACACUACUCCAGAGCCAAUUUUUGGUAUCAGCAGUGUUUUUAUGGGGUAAAUCUGUCCAGUCUCCGUAAUGCAGCAGUAGAUGAGUACUUCAGACAGCCCAUUGUAGACACAUUUGACAUUAGAAUUUUGAUGGCCCGGACAGUGAAAUACACUGUUAGUUUUAUAGAAGCAGAAGAGGAAGAUUUGCAUAGAGUGGAAAUCCCUUUUGUAUUCCAAAUGAUGCAAUCUGGAUUAAUUCACGGCUUGGCAUUUUGGUUUGACGUGGCAUUCGUUGGCUCACUGGUAACGGUUUGGCUCUCAACUGCUCCAACAGAGCCUUUGACACAUUGGUAUCAAGUGCGCUGCCUUUUUCAAACUCCUCUCUUUGCCAAAGAAGGGGAAACACUUUCAGGGGAAGUCUUAUUUGUAGCAAAUAAACGGCAGAGUUAUGACAUUCAGAUUGUUGCCAUAGUGGAUGAAACAGGCUUUAAAUCAGGGAAUGUACUUGAUUUAAAGAAUCCAUUCUUUAGGAAAUAUGGAAGAAACAUUACUUGUUAGCAUUUAACCCAGAGCAUAAACUUGCCAUCUAUAAGUGACCAGAGCGGUACCCCAACCCCUCUGCCUUUCAAAUGUUCAUACUUUGUUUCACCUACUCCCUGUUUGAUGCAAUGUUGGGUACCACUUUAUCUCGUUUUCUUAAGAGUGUCUUCCUGUGUGAUCAUAAUUGUGAAUGUGAUGACAUGACCACAUUAUGAUGCAAAUUAGAUUUUUGGCUAUGUGGUGAUUUCAAUGAAAAUAAAUGAAGCCAUGUUGCUUUCAUUGUGACACUGCAUGCUUCCAGAUUGAGCUUUUAUUGUGCAAAUUUUAUCUGCUGAAAUAUCUUGUAUACAUCAUCCAACUUUUACUUUUUAAAACAUUUUUAUAGGUACGCUUAGAUUUUAUGAAACUAAGCUGCUGGAAGAACAGCCAGGAUUAUAAACAAACCAAGGAGCCUAUGAACAGUUAAAUACAAGCAUAUUGGCAUUGCUGCUUCUGUGAAAUCUGUAUGUACAUAUUAAAAAAAUAUUUUCUACAAAUUGUAUAAUAUUUGUGAAAACUAUUUUUUCAGAUGUAUAUCUCAAUCUUUAAACACAUCUGUUUGGAACUGUACUUCACUGUACUGAAUAAAUGGUACUUGGUUGGCUUA